AUGAAACCUUAUCGUCGAACAAAUAAAGUAUUUAUGCUACAAUUACGUUCAACUAGUGGUCUUGGAAGAGUUCGUCUGCUAAUUUUAGAGUUCGCUAAAGAUGUUCGAUCGCUAUGGCGUUAUGGAGCACCGUUUCCUACAUUUUUAAAACUAAUCGGAACUCUGUUGCUGAGCUUAAUAGCCAUUAUGCCACUGCUGUAUCCAUUAUUUGUCAUGGUGAUUACAUUUUUCGUAUACGAGAGCCUUUUUCUAAGUUGGUGGCGAGACCAGCCUUGGCUCUUUCAACCAAAGAGCAUCUUCCGAAGAAUAUCUUUCCUGGCAUUUCAACCCUGUAGUCCCAUAGAAAUAUGGAAGGUUAGAGAAGUUCUGACUAGAGGCAUUCUUCUCAUACAUUCCCUUGCCACAUCUGUGGACUACCUAUGCGUGAUGCAAGGACUGCUCGAUGAGAGUUGA